CUAAGGAUUCUUUGCAUAAUGAACAACCAAGAAGGCUUCGCCAUCGCUGUCGAGGAAGCAAAGAUCGGAUACAAAGAAGGCGGAGUUCCCAUCGGAGCAGCUCUAGUAUCAAAAGAUGGAAAACUUCUAGGGCGAGGCCAUAACAUGCGAGUCCAAAAAGGCUCCGCCAUCCACCACGGCGAAACCGCAGCUCUAGAAAACUCAGGGCGCCUGCCAGCAUCGGCCUACAAAGGCGCGACAAUGUACACGACUCUCUCGCCAUGCGAUAUGUGUACCGGUGCUUGUAUCCUAUACGGCAUCUCACGGGUCGUAAUAGGAGAAAAUAAGACGUUUUUGGGGGGAGAAGCGUACUUGAAGCAAAGGGGGGUGGAGGUUGUGGUUUUGGAGAAUGCAGAGUGUAGGGAGUUGAUGGAGAGGUUUAUCAAGGAGAAGCCGGAGGUUUGGAAUGAGGAUAUUGGGGAAGAGGAGAGGGUUUAUUCGAAGGAGGUCAAAUAA